AACCACUUUGCAGCCAUAAAUCUAUGAACAUGGACGUAUUUUGUUACUUCGUGGUUAUAUUUACCUUAACAAAUAUUGGUGAUGUGAUUGCGGAGACUAAGAAUACCACCUUCUGCAACAGUCUUCUAAGAGAAUACAACGAUACGGACACCAUCAAUGAUGUUGUGGAUGUCGGGAUCACGUUAACAGAGGCACUUCUGCUGGUUAUAUGUUUCGGGGUGUUUACUUUUAUCUUAGCAAAGACUUACAAUCUACUCAGAGUGAAGGUGUUUAUGGAUAAAGAUAAUCUUGACACUGACUUUGAUGCAGGCGGAGAAGUGUCAGUUGGACUGACAGCUACCACAAUAGUCUCACAGUGGACGUGGGCAGCAACACUGCUACAGUCGUCAACGGUGGCCGCUAAGUAUGGAAUCAGUGGACCGUUUUGGUAUGCAUCUGGAGCCACCAUACAGAUCAUUCUCUUUGCAAUGUUGUCGAUUCAAUUGAAGAUACGAUCCCCUGGUGCCAAAACAUUUCUCCAGGUUAUACAAGCGAGAUUUGGCAAAAAGGUUCAUGUGGUGUUUUGUUUUUUUGCUCUGAUGACAAAUGUUAUUGUAACAGCCAUGUUGAUGUUAGGUGCUGCUGCUGUCAUGACAACACUAGUUGAAAACUUAAGCUUAGAGUUAGCUGCAAUGAUUAUAGUGGCUGUUGUUGGUGGAUAUACAUUUAUUGGUGGACUUGGUGCUACAUUUUACGUCUCAUAUUUCAACACAACUUUAAUAUUCAUCAUUAUUCUUAUAUUUGUGAUGAAAAUUUAUAACGAACCUGAUGUGGAGGACAACCCUCUUGGCACACCAGACAAAGUUUACAAUUUACUCAAUUGUGCUAUUGGUCCUGAAGAUAACAAAGAUAAUAGUUAUCUAACUUUCCUGUCAAGAGGCGGUUUAAUGUUCGGUGUAAUUAAUGUGGUGGGUAACUUUGGCACAGUCUUUGUAGACCAGUCUUAUUGGCAAAGCAGCGUGGCAGCCAAACCAAGACAAGGCGUCUGGGGAUUUAUCACUGGUGGACUUACGUGGUUUGCUAUACCAUUCACUUUUGCCACUACUAUGGGUCUGGCAUAUGUGGCUUUGAGCACAGCAAACGGAGAAGAACUAUUGACCGAGCGUGAAAUAAAUGAAGGGCUUGUACCUCCAACUGUGGCAUAUACACUCAUGGGAAAAGUUGGCGCUAUAUUGAUGACAUUGAUGAUUUUGAUGGCUGUGACGUCGACGGGGUCUGCAGAAGUUAUUGCAGUGGCUUCAAUCUUGGUAUACGACCUUUAUCAGAUACACUGGAGACCAUACCGGGCAGUGGAUGACACAAGGAGUUGUUUACUAUGUGGAAAGCAUCGUGACCGAGCAGAUAAUAUAGAUAAUCAGUGUGAAUGUUACAGUAUGUCUCAGUGCAAAAGAUGUUGGAUAGAUGACAGUGAUCGUGCUAGUUCAAAGGCAGCAGUCCUACCCACAUUUAAAUGUCCUAUGCACGGUCCAUAUAGAACGUAUCUAGAAGUGUUGAUCGGAAAGAAGAACUGGUGUAUAUUUUGGGUAGCUAUCCUCAUUAUACCCUUGACUCUGCUCCUACAAGCCGCACAGGUUAGCCUUGGUUGGGUGUAUCUAUUCAUGGGUGUGGUUAUAGGAUCUAGUGUGGUACCGAUAGCGCUGACCGUUUUCUGGACAAGGUUGAAUGGUAAAGCUGCAGUUAUAGGUACAGUUGGGGGCACGCUGUGUGGUCUAACUGCAUGGUUAGUUACAGCAUCGACAUUUGAUGGUGGAUUACGUUCUGGUGUGUUUCUAGCAAAUACAGGACAGGAACUCAGUAUGUUGAAUGGUAACAUUGUCGCAAUACUGACAGGCGCUAUUCUAACUGUUGCUGUGUCCCUUGCCACCAACCAUCACAUGACUGAUGAGCAAAAGGAAGAAGAAUGGGAGAAGACACGUGACAUUGAUAACCCCCUGCUUCCCUGGGCUGACCGAUAUGCCAGCGAAAUCGGGCAUCACGAUUCUACGCGUUUGUCUAACCGACCUGAGUUGAAACUAGUGGAGAAAACGUUCAAGGUUGCCAAGAUUGCAGCGAUAGUUAGCGCUGUACUUCUGACAGUGAUCCUUAUAAUCAUAUGGCCUGCCUCUAUGAUCGCUGUCAACGUCAUGAAUGCCACCGAAUUCAACAUCUGGGUCGGUGUGUCCCAAGGCUGGGCGUGGAUUGGUGCUGUCUUCAUCAUCAGUGUACCGAUCAUAACUGAAGUCUACACCAUUGUUAAACAAGUGAUUCGUAACCGAGACAACCAAGAUGGCGAACAAAAGUUAAACAAGGAUAGAUGUUUGUCACAGUAUACACAGACAAAUCAGGCAUGUAUGUACGACAAUGAGGAGAUUAACAAAACAGCAUUUUAAUGUAAUGAGUGCAAAACGAAAUAUAUAAUUAUUAAUGUUAUAUAAUUAUCAAUAUUUGUAAAUAACUUAUAAGUCAUAAAUACACUCACAUUUUUAAAAAUAUGUUAUACCUGUAGUACGGCAACGCCAUUUUGUGAUGGGUGCAUUAGAUGUACCACUGACACAUCGAUUAUGUACACAUAUGUAAUUUAUAUGAAUAGGGGGCUGUUGUAUACAAGAUUAAGUGUUAUAUACUAUAUCAGAGGUAUAAAACGGGUCGGUAUUGCUACUGGAAACGCUAUAAAAGAUGCUCCACGACAUUGGUAACAUCAUAUUUACAGUGUAUCAGAGUGAUAAUAUUCUAUGUGGUUUAAAUAAUCAUUGUUUCUACCUGCCAUUAGUUUUCUGAUAAAGGGCUAACGACUUAGCAUUGACUUGAAUAAAUAAAUAGAUCAUA